AUGGCUGAUCCACAACAGACAAACAUGCGCCCACGGUACUACUUCCCGCGCCAUGUCAAGCGACAGUUUGCGAACACGACCGAACCGGCAGCAUCAUCAGAAUCAACGUCCGAUUUGGUUUUGCCGCCUAGUUCAACACCCAGUCCCGACCAGUCGCAAUCACGGGACGUAUCAGACAUAUUCGAAUCGCUAUGGCAUCUGCGCCCUUCAUCUCCAGAAAGCACUGAGACCGUCGUAGUCUCGCCUUCACCAAUCACUAGCCCCGGGGAUUCUGCAUCGGAACCAGCUUCUACCACGCCCUCCGUGGAGAUACCCUCGCAACAAUCAUCGAACACCGAAGUUGGCUCGACCCAACCCGUACCUGCCGAUCCUGUUCUGCCCACAUCAUCUUCUACUUCGUCAGAAGAAUCAGUGCCGCCAGUAUCGAGCGUUGGCUCCACUGGAGGGUUCUCAGUACCCGUUCUCACGCCAACUCCCUCGCCUACACCGAGUUCCAUCGAGACCACUGUGCAGGAACCUGCUACUCCUGUCGGCUCUACCGAUGGAGUACCUGCGUCUCCUGUACUUCCCACGACAACUGCGCCUAGGCCGAUCGAACCUUCAAGCUCGAGCGAAGUGGUACCAUCGAGCUCUAGCAAAGUAAUCCCUCCCUUUGUUGAAUCUGUUGGCGGCGAUCCCUCUUCAGUUGUGACACCCACGACUUCUGCAACGGAGGUCGUUGCCUCGACAGGUGGCAUUCCAUCCUCCGUUCUCCAGCCUACAUCUUCCUCGGAGAAUGUUUCAAGCGAGCCUGUUCAGUCCAGCGUUGCUUCAACCGGUGGUAUCCCAUCGUCUGUCCUUGAGCCUACGACGACCUCGGCAACUCCUAUUGCGAACGAGCCUGUCCAAUCUAGCGUUGCCUCUACUGGUGGUAUUCCGUCCUCGGUGGUUCUGCCCACCACUUCUGACAGCGCGCCUGUUCAAUCCAGCCUUGGCUCGGCAGAUGGAGUUUCCUCAUCAAUCGUAACCUCUACCCCUGUUGAGUCUGUCGCUUCGACUGGAGGAGUUCCUUCUUCUCCGGUCCAGCCUUCGUCUGCCGUGUCUUCUGAUACUCCCGUUCAGUCUUCAGCUGCAGGCUCUACUGGCGGUACUCCCGGGACUGUCGUUUCACCAAGCGCAUCGCCUAUCUCGCAAGAGCCUAACUCAGCUACACCGACUACGAUUCUGGGGCCGUUCAUCAUUCCAGGCUCGACUGGUGGGAUCCCAUCUUCGGAGCCACAGCCGACCCAGUCGCCCACUGUGCCAACCAGUUUGGAUGGUACCUUUGGCCCAACUGGCGUUUUGCCGACCGGUAUUUUGCCCACUAGUAUCUUGCCAUCGGAGAGUGCUACCACGCCUGAUCUCACAGGCGAGUCGCCUCUGCCGACCGGCGUUCUGCCAACAGGGGGCUUGACUAGCCUCACUGGUGAUUCGCCUGUGCCCACUGGUUCUUCACCUUCCGACAACAUGCUGUCGAGUAUCCUGUCGAGCCUUACUGGCGAGCUUGCUUCUGCUACCGGAAUUCUGCCGAUCACUUCGCAAUCAAGCGUGGACGAGAGCCCCCUCGCGACUGGAACGGCUCCUUCUGCCUCUGCCUCUGCACCUGAGCCCACUGGCUCUGUUGGCGGGGUACCCAGCAGCGUUGCUCUCCCUUCUAGCGACAUCAGCUUCACCUCUGAUAUUCCGCUGUCAUUGCCCACUAGUGGAAUCGUUGUUGGAAUCACCACUGCAUUUGGCACGGGUGAUAUCAGCACGGCUGCGACACCCACAAUCAGCAGUGUUGGCGCCAUUCCUACUUCAGAGACCCCCAGCGAGACAGAACUCCUUCCCGGUGUUUCCUCGCUCCUCUCCUCGGUGGUGUCUGACGUCACGUCUGUUCUCUCAUCGGUCGUAUCUGAUGUUACCUCGGUCCUCAACCCUACGGAACCGACUUCAAAUGGUGUACUACCUACCACUGCUUUUGGAGUCUCUGACUCAACGGUUGGCCCCACUGCUCCUACUGCCACUGUCAUGCCCACCUCGGAGCCUACCCUCCUACCCAGCGAGACUCUUUCACUACCAGACGUCUCUAGUGUGAUCUCCAGCAUCAUUUCGGACGUGUCUAGCGUACUCUCGCUCCCCACCGAUACGUCUAUCCUCCCGACUGGCACUGGUAUCAUAUCGUCUUUGCUCCCAACGGAGACGUCCCUCCUCCCGACUGGCACUGGUUUUCUCUCUUCUUUGCUUCCAACAGAGACGUCCCUCCUCCCAACUGACACUUCCGUUCUCCCGACUGGCACUGGUGUCCCGACGUCUUUGCCCUCCGCGACCACGGACACCAUCAUUUCGAUCCCGACAUCCGAGACAUCUCUUUCGGGAUCUACAGAUGUGCCUACGUCUACUCCAACGGGUGUUGCCACUACUUCCGGCAUCACUCCUUCGGGAUCAGUAAGCGGAACUGGGGCUGAGACUUCUACACCACUGCCCACGGGAACGGAGGUGACUACGUCUUCGGCUCCUGCCGAAACGGGUGUCACCACCUCCGUCUCCUCAGGCACUGGCUCUACAGCUGUAACGAGCAGCCCAUUGCCGUCGAGCGAGCCUACCAUCCCUACCUCGGAGAUCAAGACAACGAGCCCGACGAGUGCUCCACAAGCAUCCACCAAUACGUCUGCCUCGCAGUUGCCGGAGACCACAUCGAUCAGUAGCUCUGCCACCCAGAGUAGCGCUCCUGUUAUGACUCCGCCUCCCUCGAAGACGCCACCGCCAAAUUCCAUUGUGCCAACCGCCACCGACGACGCCACCACCUUGGUGGUGCCUUCCAGUAUCGUCUUUGAACCCUCUACUCUCAGCACUGCUUCACAGAGCGCAAUGCCGAGCGGUGUUGCACCUUGGAUCCAGCCUCCCAAUGGCAUGCCUUCCGAAGUGCCCCAAAACAUGUUCUUGGGUCAAAUCGCUUUUGAUUAUGGUCUGAACUACAACUUCGUGGCAUCAAGUGGCGGCAGUAAUCAGAUCUUCACCUACUUGAGGCAAGCUAUUGCGCAAGCCGUUGGUGUUAAGGAAGAUGAUGUCAUCAACUACGGUCUCAGAGCUGCCGACACCACCCAAUACAAGGGCUGGGUCACUACCCUCGCUGUUUUCAUGAUCCCCAAGGACAAGAACACCACUCUGGAGGUCCAGCUUGGACAGCCCGCGUCACUCUUCUACCACAAUGUAGACGACGUUGGUCAGCCCCGCGACACCGUCAACCAGUUGACGUCUCUCGUGGACCCCACCUGGCCUCUAGCUUAUGGCAAGCUUCCAGAAGGCGCUAGCAGCCCUAACACGGAUCAGAACAACGCGUCUCCAGGUGCGACCGAUGACAGCGGCCACGGUGGUGCCCUCCCUGGUGACACCACCGGCAGUCGCAAGAUAAACCCCACGAGCGCUGGUAUUGCCACUGGUGCUGUUCUCGCAGCUGUUGCCUAUGGUGCUGCCAUGUUCUUCGUUGCACGUCGAUACAGGAACAAGAAAGCGGCCCAUCGUCGAUCCAGCUCUGUACCCAGCACAAGCCGCUACACCUACGGCUCUGUAGGUGGCGGCAACUGGAUGUCAGGCGCUCGUAAUGGACGAUUGACCCCCACCGUUCCCGGUAGUCGAGGUAGCCGAGGCAGCAGCAGCAGCAACGGUCGCAGCAUCCGAACGCAGCAGAUCUCAGCCCCCGUCAUGGCAGAAAACUCGCUCGGCUGGAACUGA